CCUUUUAAACUAAGACAUGAACACCAAAAAAACCAUACUGUUUUGGUUGUCUGUCAUUUCCGUUGCUCUCUUUUCUAUCAUUUUCUCUUUUUAUACCAAAAACGUGACCAUAGAUACUACCAACUCUUUACCUGGUUUUAAAGUCACGUUUAUCGACAUGGUUUUUGAGAAAACUGGGAUUUAUGACUUGUUAUAUAUCAUAAACCAGAUUUAUGGCGGUCACCACCACCAUCAUCACCAUCACCACCAUAGGCGACGUAAGGUCACUUGUGCAGCCAAAAAAUGGAGUUCUUCACUUGUAUCACAAUACGGCGUGGUGCGUGUAUUGACCGUUGAUCAAAAUGGUUGUGGGAACUUCACCAGUUUACAGCAGGCAGUUGAUGCUGUUCCUGAUUCUAGCCCGAGAGCAACUCUUAUCAUACUUGAUUUGGGCACAUACAGGGAGAAAGUGUCAAUAAACCAGAAUAAGACUAAUUUAAUUAUUCAAGGUCAGGGUUACCUCAACACAGACAUCACUUGGAAUGAUACCGCUAAUUCAACUGGAGGCACUAUCUACAGCUCUACUGUAUCCAUUUUUGCUCAAAAUUUCAUUGCUUAUAACAUCAGUUUUAAGAACACAGCUCCUCCCCCGAGCCAAGGUGCAGUUGGAGCACAGGCACUAGCACUAAGAAUUGCAGGUGAUCAAGCAGCAUUUUAUGGUUGUGGGUUUUAUGGAGCUCAAGAUACUCUUCAUGAUGAUCGAGGAAGACACUAUUUUAAAGAAUGUUUCGUUGAAGGAUCAAUAGACUUUAUUUUUGGAAAUGGUAGAUCACUUUACGAGGAUUCUACACUGAACUCAAUAGCGAGCGAUGUCUCAGAUGGAGGUGGGAUCAGUGGAGCAAUAACAGCACAAGGGAGGAACUCAGAGGACGAGAAAACAGGGUUUUCAUUUGUCUCGUGUAAUAUUAAAGGAAGUGGCAGGGUGUGGCUUGGGAGGUCUUGGGGCGCAUACGCAACUGUUGUAUUUUUAAAAACUUAUAUGUCUGAGGUUGUUUCUUCUGAUGGAUGGAAUGACUGGAGAGACCCGUCUAGAGAUCAGACAGUUUUCUUUGGAGAAUAUGGAUGCUCGGGUCCUGGAGCAAAUAACACAUUCCGGGUUCCAUAUGGGAAGCAACUAAGCAAUGCAGAAGCCGAAAUGUACAUGGAUAUAUCUUUCAUUGACGGAAAUGACUGGCUUUCUCGUAGCAUUAACACCAUUUAGACACUUAUAUUAAUGUUUAUGGCCUCUCUUGGCAUCUUAGGACGAGUCAAAGUUGGUCAACACUAUUUGUGACAAAGUUUAUGAUAAGCCAACAUGAUUGGCUUUAGAAACAAUGUCGAAUAAUAAGUGAUCAAGUGAUAAAGCAUAUGAGGGCAUAAUCUAAUAACACAAACUUUACUAUUACAGAUACAUUUCAUUCAAAAA